UUAAAGACAAAGAACUAAACGCUCUUUCAUCUUGUCACCUGUCACCUUGUCUUCUCUUCAUAUACUUCUCAAACAAAAUAAUUAGUGUAUCCUCUUUUCUUGCAAUCCACCUGAAAGAUAUAAACUUUAUAGCUUUAUCCUUUCCCAGUUUACACAUCUUUUCUUAGUUAAUUUAAUUUCUUCUGAGGCCAAAAUGGGAGUUGCAGGGACGUUGGAAUACUUAUCUGAAGUACUUAGCAGCGUUAAGAAACACAAGAAAAAGAAGCAAAUCACUACUGUUGCUGUCAAGGUUAGAAUGGACUGUGAAGGUUGUGCUCGUAAAGUCAAGAACGUUCUCUCCCGAGUCAAAGGCGCAAAAUCAGUGGAUGUGGAUUUAAAGCAACAGAAAGCAACAGUAACAGGAUUUGUGGAACCUAAGAAAGUGUUGAAGGCAGCACAAGCUACUGGAAAGAAGUGUGAGUUGUGGCCAUAUGUGCCAUAUAGUCUGGUGGCACAUCCUUAUGUAGCAGGAGUUUAUGACAAGAAGGCACCUCCCAAUUUAGUUAGAGCUACUAAUGAUCCAGCUAUUGCUCACUUAAAUCCAGUCGAAGAACAGUAUACUCUCAUGUUUAGUGAUGAAAAUCCUAAUGCUUGCUCCAUUAUGUAGCUAUAUUAAUAUUAGUAUACUUGUCUUAAUUUCUUGUAUUUAGUUUUUCCCUUCUAAUACAUCUACUCCUAAUAGGUUUGGCCUAGUUGGCGAGUCCUGGAUAUUAUAGGAUUCUGAAGAAACUAUCAGAAGUGUAUUUUAUUAAGGAGAAAUCGACUAUAUAUGUAUAA